UUUAAACUUUCUUUGGUGUCCUCAAAGUUCCACCAAUCAAUCAAUCAUUCAUUCAUUCCAAGGAGGGAUCUCUAUUUCCUUUUUCUCUCUUCUCUCACUCCUCUCUCUCUCUCUCGCUCUCUCUCUCUCUCCGUGCACCCUAAAGCCUAAAGCUUCUGCUUUGUGAUUGUGAAGGAGCUUAUGCUUUGUUUUGAUAGCAUCCUCUACUGUGUGAGCAACAAAUUUGAGAAUUAAUUGUUUGAGAAGGGUCAUUACUACUCAGUGAUAAUAAUAAAAUACUGUCAGUUGUUCUGCACUGAUGGCAACUAACGAGAAUCUUCCCCCAAAUGUAAUAAAGCAACUUGCCAAAGAGCUCAAAAAUCUUGAUGAAUCCCCGCCAGAAGGGAUUAAGGUUGUGGUAAAUGAUGAUGAUUUUUCAAUCAUUUAUGCCGAUAUUGAUGGUCCAGCUGGAACUCCCUAUGAGAAUGGAGUUUUCCGCAUGAAGUUGUUACUGUCCCAUGAUUUUCCGCAUUCUCCACCUAAAGGUUACUUCAUGACCAAGAUUUUUCAUCCAAAUAUUGCAACCAAUGGAGAGAUUUGUGUGAACACGCUUAAAAAAGAUUGGAACCCGAGCCUUGGGUUACGCCAUGUUCUUAUUGUUGUUAGAUGUCUAUUGAUUGAACCCUUUCCAGAAUCAGCUCUAAAUGAGCAGGCUGGCAAGCUGCUGCUUGAAAAUUAUGAGGAAUAUGCUAGACUUGCCAGGCUUUACACUGGAAUUCAUGCAAAAGCAAAACCCAAAUUUAAAAGUGGAGCUAUUUCUGAAUCGACAACCGCCCUAAAUGUUGAUCAAACAAACACCUCAGUGCCUAACGCUGAAAUAAAAACCGCUCCAUCAAGUGCAGCCCUGCCAUUGCAGUCUUUAUCCUCCUCAACCACCACGACAAGAGGAAACAGUCAAGAACAGGCAGCAGUUGUGGUGACUGAGACUACUGUCAAUGGUUCUGCCGCCACCGGUAAGGCAGUUUCUUCUGCUUCAGCACCACUAAAGAGGGAAGGUGGAGUGGCAAAAGCUCAGGCAGACAAGAAGAAGAUAGAUGCCAGAAAGAAGAGUUUGAAAAGAUUGUAAUGUUGUUCAAUAAUUGAACUUUUCUUUGUGGCUUAGUUAUUCUAUUUGAUAGUGAAAAGAAAAGGGUAAAAUGGAUUUGAGUUAAUUUACAUUGAAAUUUUUAAUGGAUGGAAGUUGAACUGUUGUCUGUCUUGGAUUAUCCUGAACAGCACACACUUUCUCUAUUUUCUUGUAGUUACGCCAUUUUUUUAAAACCUUUUUC